GAAAAAGUAAGAAAGAUGAAAUCUAACAAAUAUUUCCUUUUAUUUUUAACUAUAAUCUAUUCUAUAAUUUAAAGAGUACUUGCUCAAGUUUACUAUAACUUUCAUGAUUAAGGUAACAACCUAAAAGAAAUAAGUCCUUUAUUAAUCAGUGAAAAUAUAUCAAAUUAAACACAUUCAAUCAAAGUAGAAUCAGAUCAUUUGAAAAAUUUUAUAGGUGCUACCUACCAAGCUAUAUUUGAAUUUAGUACCUCUUCACCUAAGAAUAUAUCUUUUAUAAUUUAAGAUUAAUCUUAGAGAAUUUUACACUUAAUUCUAAGCUAAUCAAUAUAGAGCUUCACUAUAUAGUAAAUAGUUGAAUAACCUUACUUAAUUUAUACUAUAUAUUCAUAUGGAAAAGAUGAAAGCGUUUGGAACUUGUUUAAAAUUAAAGGAUUAAGGUUAUUCAUAAAUAUAAAUAAUUAUUAGCUAAAAUAAAAUAAUUCUUAUCAAAAUAUUAACUCUUCCUUUCUAAGACUACUAUAAAAAUGUGGUGAAUAAUAAUUUUUUCAUCCUAUUUAUUAGCGCUGUGAAAAUUGCCAUCCUAAUUGCAAAGGUUGUACAGAAUACAAAAAGUGCAAAGAUUGUUAAAAAAAAGCUUAACUUUAGAGGUAUGAUCAGCUUGCAGAUGGAUUUUGUGAUAAUUGUCCAUCAGGAUAACGAUAUGACAUACAAAAUUAAUGCAAAGGCUGUUCAGAUACAUGCAACUGUGAUAAUAGUAAUAAAUAAUAAUGCAUUUCAUGUAAAGAUAAAAGUAAAAAUUAGCUUAAUGUCGAAAAAAAUACAUGCGAACCAUGUUAGUAAGACUAAGGAUAUUAUAUUGAUGGAUAAUUUUGCAAACGGUGUAAUAUUAUUUGUAAGACAUGCAAAGGACCAUCUGACAGUGAUUGUUUAGAAUGUAUUGAUGGAGCUAAAAAAUAUGAAGAUGGAAGUUGCAGAUAUAAUAAUUAAAACCCUAACGAUUGCAUUUCUCCUUACAAAUAAGAUAAAUCUUCAAAUUGCGUAUGUAAUUAAGAUGGCUAUUAUCUUAAGGAUAAAAAUUGUGUUGAGUGUUAAGCUGAUUUAAAAUGUUAAAAGUGUUCAAUUGAGACAUAAUGUACUUAAUGCUAUACAAAUAAACCUGAAAAAUAUCUUCAAGAUGGAAAAAAAUGCUCUGAUUGUAAAUAAAACGGCUACUUUAUAGAUUAAAGUUAAAGCAUUUGUGAAAAUUGCAUUAAGAAUUGUAGCAUAUGUAAUAAUAAAUCUGAAUGUUAAAAAUGUAAUUCUGGCUUUUAUUUCUUAGAAGAUAAUAAAUCUUGCUCUUAGUGCGAAUAAGAUGGAUAUUAUAUUGAUAAAUCUAAUUAAUUUUGCAAUAAAUGCCCACAGGAGAAGAUGUGCUAAAAAUGUAAUAAUAAUUUGAAAUGUACUGAAUGCUAAAGUGGUCUCUACCUUUUUAAUUCAGAUAACUGUAUUCCUUGCGAUGAAGGAUAUUUUAAAAGUGGAAAAAAUUGUUUUAAAUGUGCAGAUAAUUGUGAAAAGUGUUCAUCAGAAUUUCAAUGUAUUUAAUGCUCUUAGGGAUAUUUCUUAAAAGGAAAUGUAUGUCAGUAAUGCUCACCUUAAAUGAAGUGCUUAACUUGUAUUAAUGAAAUAUCUUGUGAAUCUUGUGAACUAGGUAAAUUUAUUUAAAAGGAUGGAAAAUGCGAUAAAUGUGAAUAAGGAUAUUACAUUGAAAAUAAAUAUUGUAGAUAAUGUAAAAUUGGAUGUAGUAGCUGUACAUCAUACUUUAAAUGUAAUUAAUGCAUGCCAUAGUUUUAUAAAUUAAAAACUGAAUGA